AUGUCGCUCCUGUCCUACAUCGCCUCGGGCAUCAGCUCGUUUGUCGUCGUGACGCUUUCCCUUUUCGCACUCGGCCAAAAAGUCCCUCGCGCGGCCUUUUUCGCUCGGUGUCUGGCGGCCUAUGGCUCUCUCUUGUUUUGCGCAUGCUACGGCGUGAUCGCAUCCAUUCUCCUUCGCCUCGUAGGCUACGGCCGGGUCUCGCAAUGGGCCACCGCGCGCAGCUUCAAAUGGGUUAUGCGGUAUACAACCGGCGUGCAGUUCGACAUUAUCCAGGGCGCCGAGCACCUCUCCACCCGGCCUGCAGUCUUCAUCGGCAACCAUCAGUCCGAGCUCGACGUGCUCAUGCUGGGUUACAUCUUCCCUCCCUACUGCAGCGUCACGGCAAAGAAGUCGUUGAAAAAUAUCCCCUUCCUGGGCUGGUUCAUGGCGCUGUCGCGGACGGUUUUCAUUGACCGGGCCAACCGCGAGACGGCAAUGAAGGCGUUUGACGGUGCGGCGGAGGAGAUACGCAAGUACAGACAGAGCGUGUUCAUCUUCCCCGAGGGAACGAGGAGUUACUCUGAGAAGCCCGAGCUGCUGCCUUUCAAGAAGGGCGCGUUCCAUCUGGCGGUCAAGGCGGGGGUGCCGAUUGUUCCUAUCGUCGCGGAGAAUUACUCGCAUAUCCUGUCGCCGCGGAAUAUGCGGUUUAACCCUGGCGUGAUCAAGCUCAAAGUCUUACCUCCCAUCAGCACGGAGGGCUUGACCGCUGCGGAUGUCGACAGAUUGACUAAAACAACCCAGGAGAGCAUGCUCAAGGCUCUCCUCGAGCUCUCCGAUCAGGAUCGCGAUGAGAUCGACUCAGAAGUCAAGAAGGCUACUUCCACGGCUGUCGAGAUCUGA